AUGGCAUUGCCUUCUCCAUCGUCAUCUUGCAAUUGGAGCGAUUCUCCACGCUCUUAUGGGAGAGAUGACAACACCGACAUAGAAGAUACAGUUCCCAGAACACAUACAAAAAAGCAGAUCAAACCUGCCAACCUUUGUCGACAUCGUGGUGCAGAGGUACUCGGAAAUCAUCUGAUCAUCGAACAUAUCGUAAGGCAUCUGCCGGAUGUUGUCGAUAUUAUCAACCUACGUCGAACAUGCCCGAGUGUCUAUGAGGAUGUCAAGCACUACUUGAUAAGACAAGCUGAAAGCUUAGACUUCUCGAAUACACCAUCCGCCCCCGACCAUCGAAUUCGAGAAUUCUUGCGUGUUUUCUCGAGUCCUAGUCGACCUGACCGGAUCAUCUUCUUUGAGGAACCACUUCAUCAAUGGGACCGUCUUACGUAUCUCGAUUUGAGCAACACAGGGGUCACGGCGGAUUUAAUGAUUAAUAUCAUUCUUCAGACCUUCCAAGGCGUCGAUUGGGGCGAGUACAACCGAUCUAAAGAUCUCAUCGGCACCGAUAGAUUCCCAGAAUGCUUUGUUCAUCUCAACUACAUCAGGGCACAGGGUUGUGCAUCUUUGGAUAUUGAACAAAUUCUCGAACUCCUCCAAAGGCUUUUGUUCAAGAAACUUCGGAAAUACUGGGAUCAAGAUGAUGCACCAGCCGCCAUAGUUCUACCGUUCCUGGCUCCCCAAGCCGGUCCAACUGUCAAAUCACCCAUCGGUUCACAAGCCUGGCGCGGCCCGGUUCCAACCAACAUCGAGGAUCUAGAGAAGGCUGGGCUCAUUGGGUACACUCGUUUGGAGAAGCUAUUCCUCGGGAAUAGCGGUAAACUGUCCAUUGAGCGAGAAUUUUGGCAAAAGACUCCAGGCAACUGCCAUGCAGAGACCUGUCCAUUCCAACAUAACGUUGCCCGCUGGCUUUGCAUCACAGGCGCCCUCGGCAUCGAAACUGAACUAAUGUUCUGUCAUUCAUACUGCGACUCACGUAAUGCCUUCCUGUGGGAUGGAUGGACCCUUGAUAAAGUUCCCGAUAACUUGAUCGACGACUACUCCCAGAUGCGACUUCAUCACACAGUUCACCAACAACUCGUAUCGCAGGGCACACGUCAGUUCCCUAAACUCGUGAACGAGGAUCCAAUGCCUCGGAUGCCCUGGGAGGCUCGAAUCGAGCAUCCUCUUUCCGGAAGAAAUUUCUACUUCCCAGGAACCGGUGCCGACCAUGAACAGCAACUGCAAAUCGAUGACAUGAACCUCUCCACAAGUCUCGUUUGCACUUCGGCCAUUGAUCAAGCCGUUACUAACUUUAGUUCCUACAACCUUAGCGAACAGCGAUAUUCGCUCCACAGGAUGACAAAAAGGAAUUGGGCUUUUCAAGAAAGUUGGACCCACCCUAACCCUAGACCUGCUACGCCUGACGAAGGAUGGCUGGCCUAUCUAUUCCGUUACUGUCUUCGAGAGCGAAAUUUCCAGCUCUAUAAGUAUGCUAUGCCGAAUUCCCCCCGAGAUAACCUCGAAAUACUACCUCCUUAUCCUGCGGUAAACGGCCUCACCAUCGAAGUUUCAGAGGUAGAAUACGUUUUGAAGCGCAUGCUUCGAUGCCCUCUUCCUCGCCGCAUCUUCCCACCCAAUGUUGGACCACCAAUUCUUCCGGAAUGCAAUUGGUGGGAUCUUCGCGGUGUUGCACUGAUCGAGUAUCCUCGUGGGCUGUGUAGCCAUUGCUUGCGAGAGGUCUGGCUCUGCGAAAGUUGCAAUCGCAACCCCAAGGCAUUCUGCGCCGAAUGUAUGAUCAGUAUGCAAGAGAACACCAAUGCUAAAGGACAAAUGAGCAAGCCAGAUAAAGAAGAAGAAAAGAAGGUCGAUCUUUCCGUUCAGGCUGAGGAUGAAGCCGAGAAUGAAGACGGGAUCUAG